CGUCGCGUUGCAGUUUGCGGUUGCUUCAUCGCAGUAAGAUGGCGCUGUCUGGAGGGGCGGACAGAGGAUCUCACAGCAUGGAUAAGAGCAUAACACUCCCCCCGGAUGAAAUCUUCCGUAAUUUGGAGAACGCCAAGAGGUUCGCUAUAGAUAUAGGUGGCUCUUUGACAAAACUGGCCUAUUACUCCACUGUUCAGCACAAAGUUGCCAAAGUCAGGUCGUUUGAUCACUCAAACAAGGAGACAGAUGAAGACCAUCUUUAUGAGAUAUCUGUACAGGAGGAGAUCACUGCUCGACUCCACUUUAUUAAGUUUGAGAACGCCUACAUUGAAACCUGCCUAGAUUUUAUAAAGGACCACCUGGUCAACACAGAAACCAAAGUAAUCAAAGCCACUGGUGGAGGGGCAUACAAGUUCAAAGACCUUAUAGAGAAAAAGUUAAAGCUUAAAGUGGACAAAGAGGACGAGAUGACUUGUCUGAUUAAGGGCUGUAACUUUGUCCUGAAGAACAUCCCACAUGAGGCUUUUGUGUAUGCCAAACAUGCUGACUCUGAAUUCCGUUUCCAGAAUACACAUCCAGAUAUCUUCCCCUACCUGCUUAUUAAUAUUGGCUCUGGAGUCUCUAUAGUGAAGGUGGAAUCAGAGGACAAGUUUGAGCGUAUUGGUGGAAGUUCUAUUGGUGGUGGUACUUUUUGGGGACUUGGAGCUUUACUCACUAAAACUAAGAGGUUUGAUGAGUUGUUGCAGUUAGCGUCCAAAGGACAGCACACAAAUGUGGAUAUGCUUGUUAAAGACAUUUAUGGAGGUGCUUAUGGUUCCCUGGGCUUAACUGGAGACCUCAUCGCAAGCAGUUUUGGGAAAUCUGCCACCACAGAUAAAGAGUUUUCCAAAGAGGACAUGGCGAAGAGCCUACUGCACAUGAUAAGCAAUGACAUCGGACAGCUGGCCUGUCUUUAUGCCAAACUGCAUAACCUGACCAGAGUUUAUUUCGGAGGAUUCUUCAUUCGAGGACACCCAGUCACAAUGCACACGAUUACCUAUAGUAUCAACUUCUUCACUAAGGGCGAGGUGCAGGCUUUGUUUUUGAGACAUGAAGGCUAUCUGGGUGCUAUCGGGGCCUUCUUAAAGGGUGCUGAGGAGGACAAUCCUAACCAGUAUAGUUGGGGUGAGAACUAUGCAGGUAGCUCUGGUCUCAUGAGUGUGUCUCCAGAACUGAACCCUGUGCAGCGGGCCCGUAGUGGAACAUUUGACAUGCUGGAGAUGGACCGUCUGGAGAGACAGUUGGUGAACCUGCCCCUGCUCCAGGAUCCAUCAUCUUAUAUCCCAGACACAGUGGACCUGACUGAGGACAGUUUGGCCCGAGAGUACUGGCUUUACUGCUUUGAAGACGCACUGGAUGGGGUGGUAAAGCGAGCUGUGGCCAGCCAGAGAGACCAGCCUAAGGCUGCCGAGAGGGCUGAAAAGUUUCGGCAAAAGUAUCGCCACAAACUCCAAACUCUCCGGCAGCAGCCUUUUGCUUAUGGAUCCCUCACCGUCCGAAGUCUUUUAGACACAAGAGAACACUGUUUAAAUGAGUUCAACUUUCCUGAUCCCUACUCUAAGAUCAAGCAAAAGGAGAACGACAUGGCCCUGAGAUACUAUCUGAAAGUUGUGAAGUCAAUGGAGGUGCUGAGCUGGGAGCAGAAACAAUUCGCUCUGGUCAAAGGUCUCUUGGCCGGCAAUGUUUUUGACUGGGGAGCCAAGGCCGUGUCAGAUGUGCUUGAAUCAGAUCCAGAAUUUGGGUUUGAACAAGCAAAACAGCAGCUACAAGAGCGGCCAUGGCUCGUGGAUGCCUACAACCAAUGGAUUGAGAGAUUACGGGGUCCUCCUCAUAAAUGUGCAUUAUUUUUCGUAGAUAAUAGUGGAAUGGACAUUAUACUUGGGGUCUUCCCUUUCGUUCGAGAACUACUUUCGAGGGGCACAGAGGUGGUACUUGCCAGCAACUCAGGCCCCGCCUUGAAUGAUGUCACGAACAGUGAGUUGCUAAUCUUAACUGAGAGAAUUGCAGCGUUGGACCCUGUCAUUCAGGCUGCGGUCAGAGAAGACAGACUUGCAUUGGUGCAGAAUGGUUCUAGCUCCCCUUGCUUAGACUUGAGUCGCCUUGACAAAGUCCUGGCCACAGUCGUUAGGGAACGUGGCACAGAUUUGGUGAUCAUCGAAGGCAUGGGCAGGGCCAUCCACACAAACUACUACGCCAUGCUGAGCUGUGAGAGCCUUAAACUUGCCGUCAUCAAGAACUCCUGGCUGGCCGAGCGUCUCGGAGGAAAACUCUUCAGCGUAGUCUUCAAAUACGAAGUCCCUGAUAAAUCCCAAGUAAAUUAUUAGGAUUAUAAAGAGGUUUUGAUGGGUAAAAUUGUAAGCUCCAAAACGCAAAAUGUGAUAAUUGGUUCUUUGUCUUUCUUCCCGAGAUACACAUGAUGAUUGUAUUCGGGUGUUGGGGGGACUGGAAUGUUUCUUUUUUUUAUCAAAAUCAAUAAUAAGGGGGCGGUCGUGUGUGCCUGCUCUGAAAUUGAAUGUUCGUGUCUGCCGUCGCCUCCCUUAUAGCAAUUAGAUGACAGCUGUGGGUUUUUUCUCAUGAUGAAAUUGAAUUUUAUUGUUCUCAGGAUUCUGUUGCUGUUGACUGACACUCCUGUUGGAUUUAGAAUGGAAGGGAAUGGCAAAUAUAGCAUUUGUGAAUGGUUUCGAAUCAGGUCUUAAAUCUACACAGACAAAUAGUAUGUGAAAUUAUAUACAUUUGCAUUUAAGGUUGCAAAAUUCUGGGAAUUAUGGAAACUUUCCAUUGAAAUUAUACAGGAUUAUAUGGAAAUUGUAGCUCGCAGAUGAAGAUGAGUCUGAUGUCCAGGAAGCUAAUGUCUGUAUAAAUUACCCAAAAAUCACAAAUAAUUUCCAACUUGAAUAUUUCCAAAAUUCCAGAGCUUUGCAACCCUAUUUGCAUUUAAGAAAUGUCUCUCGUUUCAAUGUUUCUUUUGAAGCUCUGCCGGUUUAUUUGUCUUUUAUGUCUUUUCAUCUAGCAGUUCGCUGUCAAAUGAAAUGUUUAUGUUGCUAAUUAUUUAGCUCACUGUAACACUAAAGUAUAUCUCAUCCAGCUGGCAUUGUAUUUUAUUUAGCAAGUGCCACUGUUCCCAUGACAACUUUUGUAGUGACAAUGAUUUUGCGCUCUUUUGUUACAUCAAGCUUUUCUCGCUGUGGAGGCGUAAAGUCUAAUUUAUUAUGUAUUUAUGCAUUGAGCAUGCAAAGAACAGUGGUAAGCCAUCUAGAGUGAAGUUUUUACAAAACAGUUGGCGUUUGGACAAACGAUAAAACAACUUAUUGAAUGUGAUUUUUUUUUAACCAUCUGGAUGUCAUAUAAGUAGUGUUGCAGUUAAAUGUAAAAAAAAAGUAUUUUAAUGGGUUGUGCAUCUAUUAACACUAGAUGUCAGUGUUGUAAUAUAACAAGACCUCUACGAAAAGUGAUUUGAUGAAGGAUCGUGCUAAUGUGACAGACCUUCGAGUGUUUUUAUCUGAAUUUGUGAUGGUGCCAGAAUUUUUUGAAAGGAAACAGUAUGCAGUGCCUGCUUCAGAUAUUACCACAUUUAUCCUCAUGUCUAAGCGGGUCUCGCUUUCUGCCAUCUGUGGCGAUCUUUGUAAUCUAAAAUCCAUUUCAGGGUUCUACAGCACAGCAUUGCCUCAAUAUUAUUCCUGAGAGAGAAAGUGUGUGUGUAAAAGAGAGAGAAAAUCCAUUCAUAUUAUCGUCCUGUUUUUUUAUUAGGUAUAACACAAUCAUCUAUUCGUUGGCACUAAGAGUCAAAGCACAGUAUUUUCAGGGCUAUGUUACACAGUAAGAAGCACAUGUUGAUACUGAUUGGUUGGUUGAUUUUCUCAAUGUAUAAUUGGCCUCGUGUGUUGGUUAUGUAUGUGUUGUCCAGAUAAAACGUGUAUAAAAUGUCACAUAUUUUCAGUAUUGUAAGCACAGUGUGUACAUUAUUCUGUCAAAAGGUUUUGGAUUUAUAGUCUAAAAUGUGUGUCAGACAAUUGUUUGGAAACGGCCAUUAUAAACAAAGCUAAUCUGAUGUCUUGUAGAAAGUUGACUCUCACUCUCUCAGACUGAAGCUGUCCUCGGUUAUCUGUCCAAAGUCUGGUUUACUAAAUUCUUUUUGUGUGUGUGUGUGAAAUUUUGUAAAGUCCAAUGUAAAUAUAAUGUAAGCAUGUACAUAAAAUUUACUGUUAAUUUGCAUAUCUUGACACAUACUUGAGAUGCUCAGUAUUUUACAAAAAUAUGCUCACUUGACAAUCAUGUAAUUCUGUUAAAUAUAUUUUACAAUGUCUACA